AUGAAAAAAAAAAAUUUAACAUCAAUUGACUUAAGCACAUCCAUUUUUUCAGGAGGAAGCUUGAAGAAUAAUUAUUCAAUAAAAACACCAUUAUCAAAUAGAAGUCCAAGUCUAUAGAAGGCUAUUAAUAGAUUAAAAUAAGAUAAUAGAUCUUCAUUAAUUGGGAUAAGCUCGAUUAGUUAGACAAAAGUAUUUAUUAAAUAAUAUAUAGAUUCCAAAAAGAAGAGGAUAUUAUGAAGUUAAAAGUAAUUAAAGUACUUUUAGAAUUAGCCAUCCAUACUAAGAGCCAAAAAUAAGUCUUGAUUAGAAUGAUCAUAAAAAAGAAACUAUUAGAAAAAUAUUUUCCUUGUAAGCAUAUUGUAAAAGUUAAUCAGCCUUGUAACUUGCAGCCUAAAAAUAUACAGUAAAAAGAACAACUACAGAUAAUUCUUAAAUUUUUAAUUCUCCAAGGCCAAAGUUACUAGAUAAAUUUGGUAAAGAAAUAAUUAAAUGUAAAACGGAAAAAGCUGUAAUAAAAGAAACUCUAGUCAAAGAAGUAACUAAAAGAAUACCAAAGAAGUCAAAAGAUAUAAAUUAUGAACUUGAUACAAUGUUUCAAAAUUAUGAAAAGUAUGCACAAUUAUGUUUGAAUACAAAUUCAUUUAGUAAUCAACCAAGAAUAUAUAAUGGAUAUUUCAAAAUCUAUUCUUAAUCAUAAAAGGAAUAGAUUUUCUUAGAUAAAAUUGGAGAGAAGGAAAAAUCUCUUAGUGAUGAAUCAGAAGCAUAUAAAGAAUUCAUAGAAGAAGUUGAUGAAGCUAUUAUCUAAAGAGACGUUUAUCAUAACAAUUUGAGGAAUCCUUUCUUAGAUGAUAAAAUAACUGUUCGAUAAAUGAAAAAAGCUGGUUUCUUAAAGAGAAGACCAACAGAAAUUUUAUGA